AUUUGCUUACCUUCCCAGGGCUGGUCCCUGGUCCUCACCACCCAGGAGAGCUGCCUGCUGCUGUCACUGCCUCAUCGGGUACACCUGGUCCUUCCCAGUGACCACCUCCAACCAGGCACUGCCUCCUACAGCACAUUCAUAUCUGAGCUCCUCCAUGGAUGCGUCCACUGCUGAGCAGAGCACCUCAUGGUCCAGUCACCUUCUGCACACAGAAGACUGGGGGCCAUCGUAGAUCUAAACCCUAACAAAUGGCAAAGGAGCCAGAGCAAGAGGGGUCUGUGAACAAACACAGCACCUACUGUGGGCCAGACCGCUGACCCCAAGUCCUACCACACUCUGGGAACUUGCCCAGGAUGGCCUAGGCUCUGUAUCAACUGUCCCCAACAGUAGAGCCCUCUAGAGAUGGAACGGGCUCCUUUACAGCACUGGACCUCCAGCUGGCACAAGUGGGAACAGAUUCACCAUCAGCCGGAGCAGGACCCCAAGACCUCCAAAGGCCAUUUCCAAAGCCAAGACCAGAGGAUGCUGGGACUUCCGGGUUUGAGCCCAAGCAGCGGGUCCUUAUCUGCCGAAGUCACCAUGUUUGUGUGUCGUCUUGUCUCUUGCCGUCUUCCUGGACAAGAAUGUCUGUCCCACAGAGCAGCAGGAGGGAGAAGGACUCAGCACCUUGUCCCUGCAGGUGGCUGCUCCUCAGCCACCCCCUUCAGGGAAGAGGAAAGACAGGUGCCGCCUUGGUAACCAAAGAACACGAGGCAGUGGCUGAGCACAGCAAAGGACAUGGAGCCCAUGUCUCCCGGCCUGAGAGCCUUCCUCUCAGAGCCCAUGGGAGAGAAGGACGUCUGCUGGGUGGACGGGGUCAGCCGGGAGCUGGCCGUCAAUCUGGUUGCCAAAGGGUUCAGCAAGGCUUACAUCCUGUUGGGACAGUUCCUUCUGAUGCACAAGGACGAGGAUGAGUUCCAGAAGUGGCUGAUCGACUGCUGCGGCGCCACGGAGUGUGAGGCGCGCCGGAGCACUACCUGUCUGAAGGAGUGGUGCACCUGCUUCCUGUAGACAUGGUCACCCCACCCAGGAGAAUGACGCCUUUUCCUCCUG